UUGAUCUUCCUACUCCGUCGUCUUGUCUUGUGCCUGUGUCACCUGACUUGUCUUGGUGUUGAAUGGAUUUGGGUGGUGAAAAUUGAAUAUUGAAAAGAACCAAUUUUAUAAGAAAAAUGUCAGGCAAAGACAGAUUGGCUAUAUUUCCUUCUCGUGGUGCUCAAACACUAAUGAAAGGUCGUCUGAAGGGAGCUCAGAAGGGGCACAGUUUGCUGAAGAAAAAGGCUGAUGCAUUGCAAAUGAGGUUCCGACUUAUCCUCAGCAAAAUCAUUGAGACAAAAACGUUGAUGGGUGAAGUGAUGAAGGAGGCAGCUUUCUCCCUUGCAGAGGCCAAGUUCACUACUGGUGAUUUCAACCAAGUUGUCCUUCAGAAUGUCACAAAGGCACAAAUCAAAGUACGCACAAAGAAGGACAAUGUUGCAGGUGUGACCCUGCCUGUUUUUGAAAGUUACCAAGAUGGAACUGACACAUACGAGCUAGCUGGUCUGGCUCGUGGUGGUCAACAGUUGGCCAAACUGAAGAAGAACUACCAGAGUGCCGUCAAGUUGUUGGUAGAACUGGCAUCUCUGCAGACUUCUUUCGUUACAUUAGAUGAAGUUAUCAAGAUCACUAACCGGAGAGUGAAUGCUAUUGAACAUGUAAUCAUUCCUCGCAUUGAACGAACUCUGGCCUACAUCAUUUCUGAACUAGAUGAGCUUGAGCGUGAGGAAUUCUACAGAUUGAAGAAGAUCCAAGAUAAGAAGCGUAUUGCUCGAGGCAAAAGAGAAGCUCAAGAAGCUCUUCUCAAAGCAGAGGGUAAAGAUUCAUACAACAACAUGUUGGACGAAGGGGAUGAAGACCUACUUUUCUAACUGUCUCCAAGUUAUUAUUAUUUUUUUUUGGUUAGUUGCAAUAUAAUCCCAUUUAACAAAUAUGUUACAAAAUCAUGUAUAAAUUAUUUGUAAAUAAUGCUCCCCACAAGAAAAGGUUAAGUGUAUUACAUUUGUCCUUUUCCAAAAAAAUUUUAAAUACACCAUCGUUGCUUUAUCAACUUCCAUGAGAAUAAAACGUUAAAUCUAUGUUAAACUAAAUCAUUAAAUGAAUAUAAACAGAUUUUGGUAAAUUUUAAUUACUUAGUUCAACCUAUUGUGGGAUAAAUUGAUGCUAUUUGAGUAAUUAAUGUCAGUAUUUAUGGUGAUAAUUGUAAGUUGCUUGAUAUUUUAAAUGGCAGUUUGAAUGUUAUGUAUGGAUAUGAAAAAACUAGUUAAAAUUUAAUGCACCCUAAGAAUGUCGGAUCAUGUGUUUUGUUGCAGAAUUAAAUGUAUUGGUGGCAUAUUCGAAUGAAUACCGUUAAUUAAAAAUUAAGUCACAAGUGUUAAUAACUAUAUUUUUUAUUGAUUUCAGUGCCAAAAUGUUUUAUUUCUUAUUCACAAAAAAAUCACUAUAUAUUUUGAUCACAAAAAAGACCUGAUUGCAUCAUUCCAUUAUAAAGGCAAACAGUUUGAAGGUAGAAUAGUAUGUAUGUAUGUAAAAAUGAUUGUUAUUUUUGUGUCACAAAAUACUGUUGGUGUUGGAGGAUCUAUCUAUAUAAUACUAGUUUAUUGUAUAUAGUUUCAAUUAAAUAAAGUUUCGCCAAAAUUAUUUAAGUGUUGUAAGCUUAAUAAAUCUUUUCCCUCUGAA